UCUUCUUUUUUUUUUUUUUUUUUAUUUAAUAAAAAAAAUCGAGAUUGAGAAAUGGCGAUGAAUACUGGAGGGAGGCUGGUUGCAGGUUCUCAUAAUAGAAAGGAAUUUGUGCUUAUUAAUGCUGAUGAAAUUGGAAGCAUUAAAUCUGUUCAAGAACUAAGUGGGCAAACAUGCAAAAUUUGUGGGGACGAAGUGGAGAUAACUUUAGACGGUGAACUCUUUGUAGCCUGCAAUGAAUGUGCUUUCCCCGUAUGUAGACCUUGUUACGAGUACGAAAGAAAAGAGGGAAAUCAAUCCUGCCCUCAGUGCAAAACGAGAUACAAACGUAUUAAAGGUAGCCCUAGAGUUGAGGGCGAUGAAGAUGAAGACAGUGUUGACGAUUUAGAGCACGAGUUCGAUUAUGGAGACAUUGAGUAUUCGGGUUUUACAGACAGUGCAGGUGUAAUAAACUCCGCCUACCGUGGUUCAGCUGGUUCUGCCUCGACUUCGAGACACCACCAUUCGUCUUCUCAGGGUCUUGAAUUCCCUCUUUUGACUUAUGGCGAUGAGGAUGCUGAGAUUGCGUAUAACGAGAAUGCGAUAAUAGUGCCCCCGUACGCCAGUCAUGGGAAUGGAAUUCAUCAACCGAAUUCUGGUACAACGACACCUUUGCAUCCGCGACCUAUGGUACCGGAGAAGGACCUUGCAUUGUACGGGUACGGAAGUGUUGCAUGGAAGGAUCGAAUGGAGGAGUGGAAAAGGAGGCAAGAGGAAAAUCUUCAAGUGGUCAAACAUCAAGGAAGUAGUGAUGGUGGAGAUUUUGACGGGAGCGAAAUCGACUCCGAUUUGCCUACGAUGGAUGAAGGGAGGCAGCCACUAUCGAGGAAAUUACCGAUCGCUUCAAGCAAAAUAAAUCCAUACAGAUUGAUAAUCGUGCUUCGUCUCGUGGUACUAGGUUUAUUUCUUCAUUACAGAAUCCUAAAUCCGGUCCCCGAUGCGCAAGGUCUAUGGAUGACAUCUGUUAUUUGCGAAAUAUGGUUUGCCGUUUCUUGGAUCCUCGAUCAGUUUCCGAAAUGGUACCCUAUCGAAAGAGAAACCUACCUCGAUCGCCUUUCACUUAGGUACGAGAAAGAAGGGAAGCCAUCGGAAUUAGCAGAUAUAGAUGUGUUUGUUAGUACCGUGGACCCGAUGAAAGAGCCUCCAUUGAUCACUGCAAAUACGGUUCUUUCGAUUCUUGCGGUGGAUUAUCCAGUUGACAAGGUCUCGUGUUAUGUUUCGGAUGAUGGUGCAGCGAUGCUUACGUUUGAAGCUUUGUCUGAAACUUCGGAAUUUGCUCGAAAGUGGGUCCCGUUUAGUAAGAAGUUCAACAUUGAACCUCGUGCACCCGAGUGGUAUUUCUGUCAGAAGAUGGACUAUUUGAAAAAUAAAGUGCAUCCAGCUUUUGUCAGAGAGAGGCGUGCGAUUAAGAGAGAAUACGAGGAGUUCAAAGUUCGGAUAAAUCGAUUGGUGGCGAUGGCCGAGAAGGUUCCGGAAGAAGGUUGGACAAUGCAGGAUGGUACGCCUUGGCCCGGUAAUAAUGUGCGGGACCACCCUGGUAUGAUUCAGGUAUUCCUUGGUCACGACGGUGUUCGUGAUAUUGAAGGGAAUGAGCUUCCUCGUUUGGUUUACGUUUCCCGAGAAAAAAGACCCGGUUUCGAGCAUCACAAGAAAGCCGGGGCCAUGAAUUCUCUGAUUAGGGUUUCGGCUGUUCUAUCGAAUGCUCCUUAUCUUCUCAAUGUGGAUUGUGAUCACUACAUAAACAACAGCAAAGCUAUGAGAGAAGCCAUGUGUUUCAUGAUGGACCCCACCUCGGGAAAGAAAAUAUGCUACGUGCAAUUCCCACAACGUUUCGAUGGGAUCGAUCGGCACGAUCGAUACUCCAAUCGUAAUGUUGUUUUCUUCGAUAUAAAUAUGAAGGGAUUGGAUGGUUUACAAGGACCUAUAUACGUAGGAACGGGUUGCGUAUUUAGAAGGCAAGCAUUAUACGGAUUCGAUGCUCCGGCUAAGAAGAAACGACCUAGCAAAACGUGCAACUGUUGGCCGAAUUGGUGCUGUUUGCUUUGCAAUUCUAGAAAGAAGAACAAGAAAGAUAAAAAGAAGUCGAAGCACAGAGAAGCAUCGAAGCAAAUUCACGCUCUCGAGACCAUCGAAGAAGGAAUCGAAGGAGAGAUGAGUAUUAUCGGACAACCACUUAUCUCGCAAGAGAAACUCGAGAAGAAAUUCGGGCAGUCGCCCGUUUUUGUGAAUUCGACUUUAGUACAAAAUGGUGGGGCCCCUAUGUCGGUUAGUUCCACGUCACGGUUACAAGAGGCCAUUCAUGUCAUUAGCUGUGGUUAUGAAGAUAAGACUGAAUGGGGAAAGGAGGUUGGCUGGAUAUACGGCUCGGUUACGGAAGAUAUAUUAACGGGGUUCAAAAUGCACUGUCAUGGGUGGCGAUCGGUUUACUGCAUGCCAGCUAGGCCUGCUUUUAAAGGCUCCGCUCCGAUUAAUCUUUCGGAUCGACUUCACCAAGUUCUUAGGUGGGCCCUUGGUUCUGUCGAGAUUUUUCUUAGCAAACAUUGCCCUAUUUGGUACGGUUAUGGAGGUGGAUUAAAUUGGUUGGAAAGACUAUCGUAUAUAAACUCCGUUGUGUAUCCGUGGACUUCUAUUCCGUUAAUUGUGUACUGCACUUUGCCAGCUAUCUGCCUUCUUACUGGCAAAUUUAUUGUUCCCGAGAUAAGUAAUUACGCGGGAAUAAUAUUCAUGGCACUCUUCAUCUCGAUCGCCGCAACGGGCAUACUCGAGAUGCAAUGGGGCAAAGUCGGAAUAGACGAUUGGUGGAGAAACGAGCAAUUUUGGGUAAUCGGUGGGGUUUCGGCCCACUUCUUCUCUCUCAUCCAAGGCUUGCUCAAAGUAUUAGCCGGUGUUAGCACUAAUUUCACCGUCACGUCGAAAGGUGCGGACGACGGAGAAUUUUCCGAGCUAUACGUAUUCAAGUGGACCUCUCUUUUAAUAAUGCCCACGACUCUAUUGAUUAUAAACGUCAUUGGUGUCGUCGUGGGUAUCGCCGAUGCGGUUAAUAACGGGUACGAAUCGUGGGGCCCGCUUUUCGGUAGGUUGUUCUUCGCCAUUUGGGUUAUCGUUCAUCUUUACCCGUUCCUUAAGGGUCUUUCGGGUAAGCAAGAGAGAGUUCCGACUGUGAUUGUGAUUUGGUCCGUUUUGCUCGCUUCAAUUUUGACCCUCGUGUGGGUCCGGAUAAACCCGUUUGUUUCGAGAGAUGGGCCUAUACUUGAGAUUUGCGGGCUCGAUUGUGAUAACUAGAGGAUAUACGAUGACCAUUUUUGACGGGGUUUGUUCGAACGGGCUUCUUUUUUUUCUUUUUUUUUUUUUUUUUUUUUUUAUUAAGGUAGAAUAAGAAGUGGUAGUGUCAUUUUGAUGAGGUGUGUGUAGAUAUAUGGUGGAAGGUUUAAUUUGGGGGAGUGAUUGAUUGGGUAAUUUGUGUGUGAAAUGGUUCUAUUGAUUCUUUUGUUGGAUAUAUAAUUUAAUAUGAUACAUUAUCUAACUAUGUGAUCAAUGUAACUGCAAAUAAUUAUAUAUUAGUUUAAUAUUAUUUAAUCAUUAUUAUUUAUUUAUUUA